GAGGCCACGCCCUGUCACGUGCUCGGGGCGGGGCCAGGCUCGGCUGCGUCACGUCCGGUUCUCUGUCAGCGGCGCGGAGCGGCGAGCGGAGGCUGGUACCCGGGCGGCGGCGGCGCAGCAAUGCCGAAGUCAAAGGAACUGGUUUCUUCAAGCUCUUCUGGCAGCGAUUCCGACAGUGAAGUUGACAAAAAGUUAAAGAGGAAAAAGCAAGUUGUCUCAGAAAAGGCUGUGAAGAAGCAGAAGACUGGGGAGACGUCCAGAGCCCUGGCCUCCUCCAAGCAGAGCAGCAGCAGCCGGGAUGACAACAUGUUCCAGAUUGGGAAAAUGAGGUACGUCAGCGUCCGGGACUUCAAAGGGAAAGUCCUAAUUGAUAUCAGAGAAUAUUGGAUGGAUCCAGAAGGUGAAAUGAAACCAGGAAGAAAAGGUAUUUCCUUAAACCCUGAGCAGUGGAGCCAGCUGAAGGAACAGAUUUCUGACAUUGACGAUGCAGUGAGAAAACUGUGAAAUCUGAGCCAUAUAAACCUGUUCUGUCCUAGUUGUUUUAACCUCUUCUUACAUUGGCUUUGUUUUUUAAAUGUUGUUUUCCAGGCUGUUGUAUAUUUGGAUUGCAGAACAAUUUGUAAGAAUACUUUUUUUUUAAUGUGCAUUAUUAAAAAUGUUCUGAGUGAAGCUAAUUGUCAACUUUAUUAAGGGGUUGCUUUGUGUCCACCACCUAGUGUAAAAUAAAAUCAAGUAAUACAAUCAUAACUGUGUGGCCUUCUUUGGUCCGAAGAAUUGGUACUACGGUAUUUAAGGCCAAAAUUUAUAGACCUUUGAAUUUCAACUCGGCUUUUCAUUAUAAGGAUUUAUAUUGUAUUGAAUUUAUAAACUUGAUCUGUGAAAGCCUAGUUGAUCUCUUCUAAACAAAUAUCUAGGCUUGGAUUUUCAACCCCACUGAUACUUCACUUCCCUUGUUAUCUUUACUUCAUUUUCCUUCGACACUUUUCAUGUUCAGCUUUCAUUUCACUUUUUGCUUUUUCUUGAAUAUAUUCUGCUAAUCUGGAAAGUCAGUGAAACUGUCGAAAUAUUAGUUAUCUCAAUAAGGUACUUGUAACUAAAAUAUUAUAUGAGAACUACAGUCACUAAUUCUACUGUAUUAAAUAUUAGGAGAUAUAGUUUGAUAAACAACAUGGCUUGUAUGAAAACGGAGCAAGUAAGUGUAUGUCAUGUAUUGUUCUGUGUAGUAGUUAUCUUACUGCUUAGUUCUACAGAAAAUAAUGACUUAGAGUCUGAUUUGCUUUCAUUUAUUGAACAUGUUCACCAUAGGAUGAUGUCUAUAGAAUCAGAUAUUGUUAAAUUAGACUAGGACUUAAUAAAAAUUGUGAAAAUUCAUUGGCCUAACAUUUUAUUUUAUAACAUCAAGUAUGGGUUAUAUAGAGCCAGGGAUGUAGCUGAGCUUUGCCGUCAUGUAGGCAAUGUGGUUGGUUUUUAGGGAAAGAGCAUGCACUCGUGUUUUUUGGCCUUUGCUUCAGACAUAGGCUUGGUUCUUCUGCAGUUAAUCUAGCAGGUACUCCAUAGGAUUUUUAUUGAACUGGUGACAGAGACAUAGAUUGAAACACAGGUUUCAGGGCCUCGGCAGCAAUAAGCAGGCCUGGUGUGCCUUAGGAAAGGAUAGCAGGGAGCUGUGCCUGCAGUUACAGAAGGCCGUGAUGUCGGAGAAUUCUCGCAAACUAAUGCUAUUUUGAUCAUGUAGAUAGGACACGAUUCUAGAUAGAAUAGUCAAAAGAGAGGUUUAAAGAUGUAAAAAAUGCUUGUGGACAAGUUAUUUUUGAUAGCUAACGUAAAAUAAAAAUUGGUUAUUGCCAUGUAGAGAGUUGCACUAUUAAUACCAAGUUUGAUUGCUAACUAUGUCUAGAACAUUUUAUAGAAUUGUCAAGGACUUGAUUUCAAAGCCAUCUUCCAAACCACAUAUAAUUAUAAAUUUCUCUGGAGCUAUUCUGUUUUUUUUUUUUUUUUUUUACAUUUUUAGAUUUUUUUAAAAAGUGUUUUUAGCAGUAACCCUAAUCAGUAUGUAAUUGAGGAAAUAAACUCUCUUUCUGGUAUUUUAGCCUUCUUCAAAUACUAGGUACCAAAGUGUUCCAAUAACGCAUUUUAGACAAUUCAUACUUGAUUGAUAACUUCCCCCUUUUUUGGAAACAUGUCCUGUGAACUUGAUUGGGUAGACUUGAAAACUAUUCCUUAUAUAUCCAGAAAGGGUUGUUAGAACACAGAACUUUUUGAUUUUGGUGUAGAUGGAGAGGGGAUAAUUGCUGACUUGCCUAGGUUGAUAGGAAUUUGAAUUUAAGGAUAUGUACAUUUUGAAACCACCUGCUAACAAAGAUGGUGCCAAAAUCUGUCACUACCCAGGCCUUGUCCAGCUGUUUAGGUGCGUUGUUAAACCUUCAUGUCAGAAGUGCUUCUCUGGCAGAAUUUGUUAAGUUGACUGCUAAAUUCAUUUAAAUAGUGCUACUGGAUGUGCAGUGUAUAGAAAUUAUAAAUCUAUUUUGUUUGGUGUGUGCGUAGGGAAGGAUGAGGGCUGGUUAAAAUAAGAGCCAAGUUAACUCCUCCUGAGAGAAAGGGGACUUUUGUUCCGGUUUACACUUUACCUUUUUGGUAAGAUCGCUCAGGAGGAAUGGCAUUGUGGUCACCAUUUCUUACCGUGUGAUGCCAACCAACAUGGACUUCACCACCACGGCCCUGGCAUGUGCUCAGCAGCAGCCUUUCCUCAUGGGUUUUACUCUCUUUCACAUACAAGUAGCAUGUGCCCAGUUUCCAGUGCUCUUGGCAUUUUAUUAAAAGAACAACCACCAAAAACUGAAAAAACAGCAUAUAAUUUGAUGAUUCUCUUGUUUUGCUUCAUAAAUGCUUAAGGAAUUCCUGGAAGACUGCUCUUACCUCAUUAGCCAGUCAAGAUCCCGUGAUGAUCACCCUGUUCUGCAUAGUGUUUUUGGAAAAAAGAUGAUGAAAAUAAGCACAUAUAUCUUGGCUGUGGCUAUUGAGGGGAAAAGAAAAAUAGAGAAGAGUUCCUGAUGACAUGGGCAUGUUGAAAGAAGACUGAAAAUCUGAAAUAGUAAAGUGCUGGUGAAAAUUAAGGGGUUUCUGUUGAUAGUCUGCUAUUCACUUUUUAUGGAAAUCCAGU